AUGUCGCCAAACCUCCCUUUCCGUGACAUCAACCUCUAUGCUUCGCCGCAUUGUUAUGCAUUUAGAUCUGCCUCCUCCUCCUCAGCUCCUAGUUUGGUCAUAGAACGGCCCACGGGCGACUUGCGACUUGAAAAUGCAUCUACACACAAUGCGAAGCGAGUCUCUAGCAUUGCUGGAAUAUUGGGUAUUGUCAAGCUGAAGCUCGAUAAGUAUGUUAUCGUGAUAACAAAAGAACAGCCUAUGGGCAGAUUAAGAGGGCAUAUGGUAUAUAAAGUCGUUGCGACCGAAUUUCUUCCCCUUCGUGACGCACCGCUCCACGACCCCGACGAGGAUGCCUACCUGGCGUUACUCAAGAAACUGCUGGCCACUGGACCGAUGUACUACUCCUACUCGCUCGAUAUUACCAAUUCUUUCCAGCGCCAAUCGCAGAGUGACCCUUCGCUGCCGCUAUGGAAACGAGCAGACGACCGAUUCUUUUGGAACAGAUUUAUCCAGACGGACCUAAUUGACUUUAGCUCCGGGCUAUCAGAAAACACAGGGAUUAGGAGUGGACAGUCAUCAGAUGUCGACCCGUAUAUAUUACCCGUUAUGUUCGGGAUGAUGCGUAUAACUCCCGCCAAAGUCAAAUCUACGCCAUUUACAUUUGCUCUUAUUACCCGCCGCUCAAGGUUUAGAGCAGGCACUAGAUAUUUUUCUCGUGGGAUCGACGAGCAUGGAAAUGUCUCUAAUUAUAACGAAACUGAGCAGGUUGCCAUCCUGAAUGAUGCUACCGGCGGGGUCUCAGGGUUUGCAGGAGGGCCAGGUAUGGGCGACCACAAGAUGGGAGAAAAGAACCACCAAGAGCUUCAGGUUUUAUCGUUUGUUCAGACAAGAGGAAGUAUUCCCGUUUAUUGGGCAGAGGUGAACAACCUUCAUUACACCCCAAAACUUGCCGUGCGCGGCGUGGACGCGGCAGCCUCAGCAGCUCGAAUGCACUUCUCGGAUCAAAUUAAAACCUAUGGGGAGAAUUACUUGGUGAACCUAGUCAACCAAAAGGGCCGUGAAGAAAAAAUGAAAAAGGCCUAUGAGCAGCUGAUGAGACUACUAGUCUCUGCCCCCGCCGAAUCUAGAGAGUCUGACUUACUCUCAGCGGAAAAAAUGCACACGUUGGAAUCUUCUAGUAAACAUCAGGAGAUGGACCGUCUUCAUUACAUAUACUUUGACUUUCACAAUGAGACCAAGGGCUUGCAGUGGCACCGAGCAGAACUUCUCCUAAACCGACUAAAGGAGGGACUACAGCGUGGCCAAUAUUUUAGCGGUACCGAGUCGUUAGGCAAUCCAUCAGGUACUCUAGAUGUCAGAACAGUGCAGUCGUCCGUAGUGCGGACAAACUGUAUGGAUUGCCUGGACCGAACGAACGUUGUCCAGAGCAUGCUUGGUCGUUGGACGUUAACCCGGCAAUUUAUUGACUGCGGCAUACUACAGCCAGGGGAAAAGACCGAUGAUGACUUGGUAUUCCGGGAUCUCUUCCGGAAUAUGUGGGCUGAUAAUGCAGACGUUGUCUCCAAGUCAUACUCUGGGACUGGUGCUCUAAAGACCGACUUUACUCGUACUGGCGAACGAACCAAGGCUGGUGCUCUCCAGGAUGGGAACAACUCCAUUACCCGAUACAUCUUGAAUAAUUUCAUGGAUGGCCCAAGGCAAGACGCAUAUGACCUCUUCCACGGCACAUACCUUCCUUCUUCUACUGCAUCAUAUGUAUUCGCGGACCGAAGGCCUCUUAUCAUCCAGUCUAUUCCAUACAUAUUAGGAGCAGCUAUUUUCAUGAUCUUAGUGGCUAUGUUUACUCGCCAGUUGCCUGAUUCCACUGCUUGGCCGUUGAGAAUCUUCCUUAUCUUCUGGAUCGUAGUUGCUGCUUGGUGUCUACGCUUCAUUCAUUCUCACGGCAUGCUAUACGUCAACUGGCCAAAACUCAAUACCCCGGCUGCUGGAGCAGAGGGAUAUGCCGAAGCUCUUCGCCGGGCAAGCAAUGAUAAACUCAUCGGCGACUUCAUACCGAGUACAAAACACCAGCGAGGAGUGAGUAACGCACGACUAGGCUUUAUGGAAGAAGGUAAAAAGAGAAUAGAAUAG